AUGAAACUAACAUUAGUUCUCGCAAUUUUUUUGGCACUUAUUGUUAUUGCUCAAACAUAUCCUGUUAACUUUAAUAAAAAACGGGAACUAGUAGGAGUAACUCCCGAUAGAACUGUACCAACAGGUUCAAAUCCACUCCAUAAUAAAAGAGAUGGAAAUACCCCAGAAAUAGGAGCGUCCGAUAGAACUGUACCAACAGGUCCAAAUCCACUUCAUCAUAAAAGAGAUGGAAAUACCCCAGAAAUAGGAGCGUCCGAUAGAACCGUACCAACAGGUUCAAAUCCCCUCCAUAAUAAAAGAGAUGGCAUGGAACCAGCAGAGUAG